GUCACGUAGCCCAAUAUUCCCAGUCGAUUUGGGGGCUGUAACGUGUUGUGAUAAUAAAAAAUGGCUUCGUUUAGUUCAGUUCGCUUCCCGGCUGAAUACCUGACAGGUCGCGUUUUAAUGUGGAAUUUCCAGCAUAUCUGCCUACUUUGAAAAUAUCAAUGAGUUGAUUGCGCACACGUCCUUAGGCUACCCUGUGGAUACUCUGAAGGUUUACACUCGUCCGAUGUUUCACGUUUUUUUUCUUUUUUUUUUUACCGAGAAAGAGCGGAUGCUUUAGCAUAGUCGCGGUGCACAUCGUUCGCAUUAGGCUGUCUAGAAUUCGGACUUAAUUAUGACUAGGCUACAUUUCGGAAGGUCGAGAAAGUGGUGAACUGUGAAAAAUAUUUUCUAUUUUAAAAUGAAUGUGAGUGGGUUCGAGGGCGAGGAGGAGCUCAAUAGCAGGGUGGAGAAACGCUUGGAAAGGGAGGGUGAUAUCGCCGCCUUAUCAACAACACAUCACUGACUGUGAACAACGCCGGGUCCCCUGACUCUGCGUGAGACUAUUUGAGGAUGUAUUCGAGGAAGGCGACUCCUCUGCUUUUUGGGUUUCUCGCCUGAAAUCGUUUUCUUUUCGGGAUUUUGGAACGCAGGGAAGUCAAGAGUAUUCGUGGAUGCUUAAUUUCAGUGACGUUAAAAGGCUUUCCCCCCCCAAAAAAAAAAACCAUGUCAAAGUGAAUAUGGCAGGCAUUCAGGUUACUCUGAUGCAAUUGAUGAAGCACGUUUGAGACCAGCUUCUGCUGGAGGAUGCAGGAUGAUUCCCGUUCCAAGACUGAAGGGUCUGUUACAGCCUUGGGUCGUCGGGGGAGAGGCUCCCGCCUGGGUCGCCAGAAUCCCGCCCACUUCGGGGCUUUACGUGCUGGGUGCCACGCCCCCUCCGGUGCUUAUCUCCUCCUACGCGCCCCCGGUCCUGCUCGCUGCGUCUGGAUGGCAGCUCACCUGUGAACCGUUUCUGCCUUUGAUGCCAGUGCCGUUCAAACCAGAACCAGCUGUCCAUCAGUGGGAGUUGCACGCUCAAGCCCCUGACAGAAGCAUCCAAUCAGCAGCAGGCCUGGAUUUGGUCCCUGUGUUCCCGCGUGCUUAUGGCUCAGUGCUGCCCCCUGCUGUUGGGAAGCGUUGGGUCGAGAAGAGGAUCCCAGCCUACCAGGUUUACCUGAACGCGGCGCUCACCCUCGACUCGGCCUGGCCCUGUCCCGAGGAACCCGGAAUGUUCCUGGGGCACGGCGGCAAGCCGCUCCUGAUGACCAAUCAAGUGGCGGUGAACGUAUUCGGGCCGGCCCGGGCCUCCAGGAGAGUGCGCGCCCUCCCGCUGUCCUCUCAGCGUGUGGCAGGCCAGUAUUAA